AUGAGUCCCCAAUGGAUGCCUCAGAACAUUCAAAAGCGUCUCCUACGAUACAUUCUCCAGCAGCUUUCGGUGUUUAGCGAGAUUGAUCUCAGUGACUUGGAUGUCUCACUAGGGGUCUUAUCUUUGAAGAAUGUUGCCUUAAAUCCCGAGAGCUUUUCCAUUCCUGGUGCAUUUCUUCGAAGUGGCCAGAUCAGUGAUGUCAACUUGCAAUUAACCACAGACGGAAUCGUGGUAAAAUGUACUGGGGUAGAGGUGAUAUUAGUAUUAGCAACAGGAGCAGGUACCAGUGACUCUUCAAAGAAAAAUGGAAGUCAGAGCAGAGAAUUCAGUUUGGCUAAGUCAAGGAACGAUUUGGCGAAUAGUGUCAUGGGUGAUUUGCAUGGCGAUGAGGUCAGUACCACCAGUAGCGGCACCAGCAGCGACGAAAAUGAAUCCGGUAAUAACGAUGAUGACGAUAACAGAAAUGAAACCAAUAAGAAGAAGAAGGAAACUACAACAUUUUAUUCUAGUUAUGUUAACAGGGCUGUGGAACUUGCAUUGUCCAAGUUACAGGUGGUGGUGGAAAAUGUAUUAGUCAAAGUUAUCAUCGAUGACAAUGGUACCCUGACCAGUAUUGGCGGAAGCAAUGGUCAGCAGCGGGCCGCUUGCUCUCAUUUUUUCUUGCAACUUGAUAAAGUCAGUUGGGAUUACACUAAUGAAAAAAAUAAGGCGGUAAAUGUUGAAGGGUUUAAAAUGUUUACCGAGCUUUCAACUGUCAAUGGAGCUUCCAAAGAAAAAGCUAAACAAAAUCCACGACCAGAUCAUCAUUCAUCUCCCAAAAAGUUCAAUGGUUUGGGUAGUGUACUAGAGGAACCCAUCAUAGAACCGCUGAAUAAUAUGGCCCAUUCAGAUGAUGAAGAUAGCGACCAAUUCAAUUCCGAUGACGAAGGGUACAAUCAAAUGAUGGCUUCAUCAUUCCUACCAAACCCUAAAGAUGAGGGUGCCCCUACAGAUCAAGAUAGCGAUGGAAGUGACGACGCCGAUACUCCAUCAACAAUGUUUCUUAGUGCUAAUUCACAUUUAUCACAAACAAUGAUGAUGACUCUUAAUAAACUCAAAGAAGAAAGAGAUGAUUUUGAAGACGAAGACGACAAAAAUCAUUCAUUUCACAGUAGCAUUGCAAAUUUGAGAAAAAGCUCUUUGAAGACUGACGAACAAGAACGCAUAUUCAAUAGUAUUUAUGAAACUGCUACCGGAAGUGGGACAAUGAAUACCUCACAAUUCAGCAUUAUGAAUCAUUCCAAACAGAAAGAAAAUAAGCGUGAAGCUGCUUCAUUCUGUGAUGAGCGAGUAGAUGAAAGAAGAUACUUUUUUGCCAUCUCAUCUCUAGUUUUGAGAUUUGCGGGACUACUUGAAUUCGAAGACUUGGAGGUCAUUAUUGAACAAGUCAACAUUUCUUUCAAAGAUUAUGACAACGAAGAUGAUGGUGUUUAUGCAUCAAUAUUUGAUGUAGCCUUGAACUUCAUAAAGCAAUUUGAUAAAAUCAAUAAAUUGAACUCCUAUCUUAUCAAGCGCAAGAAGGCCAAAAUGAGAGGUUAUAGCAACUUGGCUAAUGGGAAUGGCGGUAAUGUCACAAUUGGAAAAUCAAAAAGUCAGAAUGGUAUUUUGGACUCUGAUCCAAAUGAUGAAUAUGAUGGCAAAGAUAAACUUUCAUGGUUCUCUAGAAUGUGCAUUAAAGAAUUGAGCGUUAAUUUUGAUGAUUAUAUUUUACCAGAUGGGACAUUUAAAAGUUCAGAUGAGUUGCUUUUGAAGUUUUCAAAUAUUAAUGUUAACAAAAAGAACCAGUAUUUAAUUUACGGUGGUAUUGAAAAAUUGGAAAUGAUCAACAGCCAAUCCCAGGCGUUUGGGUUCUCAUCGGCUGAAAAUGAACCAGUCGCAGAGGUCAAACAGGAGGAACUUAGAUUUGAGUACAUGAUGAAUCAACACCAAGCAUCUACUGCUGCCACUGAUAUUACAGUACUUUUUUCGAAAAUUGCGUCUUUGAAGUUGAACUCUCAGAUCAUUGGUAAGCUUCUUGGCAAAUUUUACAAGAUAUCCCCGGUUUUAGAUGCCUUGACGAAACUACAGAGCACAUUAGAUACCAAUAAUAAUUUAGCAGCUACUAAUAACUAUUCCAGUCAAUUUUCUGGCAAAAGACUGGGAUUGCUGGCGUCAUUAGUUUUCCAGAAACCAGGCGGUGGAAUGAUGGCAUCUUCUAUUCUUGGUAAUUCAUCUCAUAUUCCCCAAAAGAAAAGCGCAUUGACUGUGCAGUCUAAUUCAAUACACAUCACUUUAGAAAUUGAAGAGAAUCAAGGACUUUAUUUGGAAAUCCUACCGAUUAAUUAUUGUUCAAGUACCCAGAGAUUGAAUAUUCCAAAAAUGUUGAUUUAUGAAAUCAACAAGAUGAAAUCGUCAAUUGCCACUAGGAUCAUAAAUGAUGAGGGAUUAGUGAAUAAGGACAAUGGGCUUAUCGCCAUGAUUUCUAAUAUUAGCUUGACAGGCUAUUCAAAGAAGCCCCACCAUCAAAUUACAUCUUUCGACAUAAAUAACAAGGAAAUAAUGUACAGUACUGACUCUGUGUUGAAUAUAGAUUCAGUGAUUUAUAGUGAAGAGUUUUCCAGCUUGAUGGAUAUGAUUGAGAUGUUCAAACGCUUUGCCGCUGAUUUGCCCAAGCCAAAAAGCGUUACGAUGAUUAGUGAACCAAGCAAUCCGAGCUAUAUUAGUCCCGUUGGUCGUACUACUAGAAAAGUUCGAAUGACCAGUACGGUUCUGUUUUCAAACCCAGGAUCCAGUUCUAAUGUUAAGAUGCACGUUAAUAUUUCCAAGAUUAAGACUGGUAUCAAUGGAAUCAAGGCGGCUGAAAACGACCCUUCUAGCCUUUUUGGUGAUAUUGUGGGAAGUAUAGAUACUGUCCACGUGAAUAUUUUCAAUGAUUCUGUUAUUCAAAUUCUAGUGAAGAAGGUUUCCUUAUUCAGAUUCUAUGGUUCUAUGAGGGUUAAUCUUUUUGAUCUAGAAGAAGGGAGCUUAGAUCACCAAAACAUUAAUAAUGUGAAAUCAAGGGGAGUGGAGGAAUUUUUUACCCUGGAUGAAUUUGGAUUUGAUGGUAAAAACUUUGAUGGUUUGGAACAAUUGGUGGGGAUUUCCAACCCGGAAGAUGAUAUCCUACCCGUGAUUGGAAUCAGGUUUUCAAACAAUAGUGGUCGUGGAUUUGUUAGAAACUUGGCGAUCAAUUAUUAUGCGGCUUGGUUGCUGAUUUUUGAUAAAAAGAACAAUGCCCAACCACAAGAGUCGCUGAUACCAAAAACCGCCAGUGAUAAUAAUUCUCCUACGUCCCUUAUCAAGUUAAGAGUUGUUGAUUGUGUUAUUGGCUUAAACCCAAGUAGAUUACACUCAAAAGCGAUGUUGAUGGUAAACAGAGGUGACUUGGAUAUACACAUUGGGAAUGAUGAAUUUUUUACAAAAGCUCAACUUCGGAACAUUUCCAUGUUAUUGAUCGAUGAUACUGAUAAUAUUUUAAGCUAUUCAGAAACAAAAAAGCGUAGGCAAUGGUCAGGGACUAGAAGCACAAAGAAGAAGCCGCCUAUUUCCCUGCAAGGCGGAUCCAAUACCUCAAGCAUUCCUUCUUGGUCACAGUUGUCAUGGAAUUUAAGUAGAGGUUUUAUUUCUGUGGGGACAUUUAAUUCUUUGAAUUUAUUGCUUGUUCGCAAUAGUGAAAUAAAACUCUACAAAAUGCCUGGUUGCCAGAAUCCGGUUAUUGAUUUGAAAAUUGAUGCUGAUAUCUGCAGUAUUGAACUUUGUGCUGAUAGCUCUCAAACAUUGACCCAAUUGUUUGCCGAUUUGAAGGAACCAGUAAUUCUUAGUGAUGAGGAGAAGUUCAAGGUCUCUAUUAAUGAUGAAGAUUUAGCCACUAAUACUCAGGAUGCGAUUGGUAGCAAAGGAAUUGUGAAUAUUUUUGACGACAUCGAUGAGAAUGCCUUUGGUCUACGUAAAUCACUACAUGAGACUGUUUUGUUCAACCGAAAUAAUGAAGGUUCUGAUUCUGAAUUGGAUCUUGAAUCUGAUGGUGAAGCUGAUGAAAACAAUGGAGGUUUGAAUUUUGUAGAUGAUUAUUAUGAAGGAUUGCAUAAUUCUUCAUCAGUUUCUAGCUCAAAACAAUCAUCUGAAUCACAAUCUUCGAACCAAAAGAUCGCCAAUGAUAUUUUGAGUCGCUCAUUAAGUACAUUGAAUGUUGGUAAAAAGAGGGACCCAUUACUGAAAAAUACCUUUUAUUACAACGAAUCUUUUGGUAGUAAUAAUGAAGAGGACAUGUCUUCAAAUUCGUCAUUGUCUUUUGCCGCUAAUCACUUCAAUACUAUCAAUGAUAAUUAUAGUGAUACUGAUUUGAAAGCUAGAACUGUUCCUGUUAAAGUUCAUUUAAUAUUGGGGAAGAUAAAUAUAUUGCUUUAUGAUGGCUAUGAUUGGCCUGAUACUAGGCUGGCAAUAAAGAAGGUAGUCCGCAUGGUUGAAAAGACUGGGUUAAAGGCUUUCAAUGAUAAAGUGGCUAGGAAUGAUAACGGUGCCACUACGAAAAAUAAUACCUUGAUAAGUGAUGAAGAUAUGGCUGAGGAAGAGGAGAAUAUCAGUGCCAUUAAUGAAAAUUAUUUAAGAAGCGCUAAAAAGCUAAAGGACAAAAGAAACAGAAGGGAUUCUCUUGGUGAUUUUGGGUUCAGACCUUUCGGGAUUGAUGAUGAUGAUGAUGAUACCAUGAGAGAUAUUAAUGAGUUUGAUGGAGCUGAAGAAGACAAUAGUGAUGAAGAAGAAGAUAAUGAUAAUUUCUAUCCUGGCUAUGGUGAUCCGCAAAUAAUUGAUCACAUGCUAUUUGACUCUAUUCAUAUCAGUCUUCCUGCGGGAGCCAAUCCUGAUGAUUUGGCGGUUGGUAUUAAUAAGAUUAUUGGGAAUUCAGAUGUCAUGAGCACAAACUCUACUUUGCCUAGUGCUCAUCAAAAGCUGAGAGAAGCCGAAUUAGUACCUGAUCAAAAGACAAAUUACAGGAAAUUAAAUUUGAGACGAUCCAAGUCCCAUAAAUUGAGCGUGGAUAUUACUGAAUUGGAGCUUGAUUGUAUUAUUCAUUGCAAUACUGAUCCAGUUUUUGAUAACAAAACCCUUCGACAUCAAGAAUUGGAGGAUGACUCUGAACUAUUGCUUUCCUUGAGCGUCAAAAUUAAGGAUUUUGAAAUCAUCGAUCAUGUUCCAACCUCGACCUGGAAUAAGUUUGCAACCUACAUGAAGGAGGCGGGGGACAGGGAAGUUGGUGUUGGAAUUAUAAAUUUUGAUUUUGCAACUUACCGACCUGUUGCAUCAUUAGCGGCCACGGAAUCUACAAUCAAAGUGAACGUGUUACCUCUUAGACUCCAUGUUGAUCAAGAUGCUUUAGAAUUCUUGACGAGAUUUGGAGGAUUCAAAGAUAAGAGAUUUAUGUUUGAUGAGAUAUAUGAUGACAUUUUGUAUAUUCAGAAGUUCCAAAUCAACUCGGUUCAUCUUAAGUUGGAUUAUAAACCGAAGAAGGUUGAUUAUUUUGGGAUUAGAUCCGGGAAUACUACCGAGUUUGUGAACUUUUUCAUCCUUGACGGUGCCAAGAUUACUUUGAAAAAAUUAACAUUGUAUGGUAUACCUGGCAUGCCAAGACUUAAUGAUGAGUUGAAUGCUUUAUGGAUGCCAGAUAUCAGGAGUACCCAAUUGAAAGGUAUUAUUUCAGGAUUAACUCCAUCAUUAUCGAAAAUUGGUGAAGGUAUCAAAGAUUUGAUGGUGAUUCCAGUAAAUGAAUACAAAAAGGAUGGUAGAGUUGGUAAUAGUCUUCAAAAAGGUGCGUAUGCUUUUGUGAGAACCACCACCAAUGAGCUACUCCGGUUCGGGGUUAAGAUUGCUGCCGGUACUCAAACGGUUUUGGAAAAUACCGAAGAAGCUUUGGGAGGGGCUGGUUCAUCUGCUAGAUUGCCAAAGCGUGUCCACAAGCAAGAAUUUUUCGAAACCAAAGAUGAUGAUCAUUAUGAUCGUAUCAAGUCUAAGUCAAAAAAUAGGGUCACUGAUGUAUCAGUGAUGGACAUGCGGGGGUCGAUGUAUGCUGGUGGCGGUGGGAACAUCAACAACAAUAAUUCCGAAGCAAGAACUAGGAGAAGAGUGUCUUCUUCGACAACAAAAAGCAAAGGAUACUCUGGAAGUAGAUAUUAUUCUGAGGUUUACAGUGAUUCUGAAGAUGACGAGUUGCUAGAUAUUUCUGAAAAUGAGUCUGAAGAUGAAGAUUACGAUACUUCGGAACAGCAACGGACCGUGAGUUUGUAUGCUGAUCAACCGAUCGAUGCUAAGCAAGGGCUCAAUGUUGCGGUGACUAGUCUUGAGCGUAACUUUUUGUUGGCUCGUGAUGCGGUGGUAAAAGCGGGAGGUGAUGCUUCUGAAAGUGGGAGUGCUAAGAAGGCGUUAUAUGUCAUGGCCAAGGCGGCACCGGUUGCACUUAUCAGGCCGAUGAUUGGUACUACUGAAGCGAUUUCCAAAACUUUGCUCGGGGUGACAAAUCAAAUCAAUCCUGAGCAAGGGUUGGAAGCUAAAGAGAAGUAUAAGGCGAAGCCAAGAUAG